CCACAACACGCCGACAUCGACUACUAACCCUUUGCAGCAGGUAUCAUUGGGGCCAACUGGGCUGGAUCUCCGGGCUGACACGUCAAUGUGGUCUUACCGAGCUCUCGAAUGAUGCCCUCCCCCCCCUCACGCUCGACCGCGCCUACUAGCUUGCAUCGCCAGCCUUCGUACCGUGAGAUGUCCCGCGCCGCGAUCUCCCGCUCCGGGUCCAGGCGGACUUCCCCAGAGAUCCAGAACUCGACCGCCUUUCGAACCAAUUCGUCCAUCACUAGACAGUACUCUGGGGGUGACAGUUCUGACGACGAAGUUCCCGAACCGAAAUUCAGCGCGUCCGUCAAGGCCCUCCUGGACGAGGAUGGACUCGACCUGUCCCCGCGCCUUCGCGGCGAGCGCAUGGGAUCAGCUCGCUCAAGUCAGGAAAGACGAUCUCGCACAACCUCUCCUCAAGACCAAUCGACCGGGAGCCCUGCGCCUCGCGUGGUUCGCCUUGCCCCAUCCCUGAAUAGCAGUGGCGGCAGGUCUAGAAGGGAGGGAUCGCUCUUGUCCAACAGCGAAAGCGCAGAUCAGGACGCAAGAACCAACUCGAAUGAUUUCAUCACGCCCGCCCCGCGGCCGCGCAGUGUGCGCAUCAAUGGCUCCCGUAGCCAUACACGCUCGCCGGCGUCUGUAUCGCCCUCCCAGAGACGAUCGGCUGAAAGGAGCUAUGUCGACGAGCAUGGAAGUGCGGAGCGUUCUGAAGACGAAAGAAAGUCGAGGUACGAGGAUGACUAUGCUCCUCGGACUGGAACUUCAUCGGUCCUCCGCACUCGGAACCCGGAGGAUAUCGGCAUGCAGAGCUCACUGCGAGUGAAGAGAGUCGGAAGGCUCACCGGAACAUUUUUAAACGGCCCCGCAAGGCGCGGCGUAUUACGACGACAGAGUGAAGAGAAUAAUGAAGAUCGAGAAUUGGAUGCAAAUAUUGACAACGCCGACUAUCACUACAAGACUACAGCGAAAUCCUCGUCCCCCAAGGUAUCAUGGGCGGAUCCAAGCCCACCACCUAGGUCCGACGAGCUCCGAUCCUACGAUCGUGCCGACGGGCCCUUUUCCAGAUCCUCAUCGCCCAAGUCUUAUGGAUCGCACUCGAAGUCGACCCCCGGGUCUUCCUCAGAAAUGUCCUCGAAACCGUCGAGUUCCAAGGACCAGCCUAUGUUCAAAGUGCCUCUUCCGCCAACGUUGCCCUCGACUAGAGACCAAGAGAACGAACCCCCGCCGACCUUCAAGCGCGUCAAGCCUCAGGGAUUCAAUUUGCUGGACAAGCCCGAGAAGCUGGCCGUAGUAUAUGGCGACGAGAAGAAAGAGCAGGGAGAAACACCCGCAGGGAACGGGAACUCCCCCAGGAAAAUCUUAGCAACAAGAAGCAGUAACACGCCUCACAGGCCGGCUCCUCCUCCUCCCAAGAUGUCCGUUCUUGAGACAGCCACAGCCACAGGUGGAGCUGCCACAGCAUCCCAUUCGCGCAAGAAGCGCAACCAAGUUUCUGUCAACCAUAAGCCUUUCACCCGGUUAGACUGUGUCGGUCGUGGUGGAAGUUCAAGGGUUUACCGAGUCAUGGCCGAGAACUACAAGAUCUUUGCCUUGAAGAGAGUUAACCUGGAGGACGUCGAUCCCAUCACCUUGGCUGGGUACAAAGGUGAAAUCGACCUGCUCAAGAAACUGGAAAACCUUGACCGCGUCGUGCGCUUGUUUGAUUGGGAGCUGAACCAAGACAAGCACACGCUGAGUGUCCUCAUGGAAAUUGGAGAGUCGGAUCUGGAGAAGAUCCUUACCUACAAGCUCAACGCUGAAGAUGCCAGAUUCGACAUCAACUUUACUCGAUACUACUGGAAGGAGAUGCUGGAGUGUGUCCAAGCUGUACAUGAACACAACGUUGUGCAUUCGGAUCUGAAACCCGCGAAUUUCCUCCUGGUUCAGGGCCGGUUGAAGCUGAUCGAUUUCGGAAUCGCGAACGCCAUUCAGGAUAACACUGUGAACGUGCAUCGUGAGCAGCAAGUGGGGACGCCGAACUACAUGUCGCCGGAGGCCUUGAUCGAUUCGAACGCUUCCCUUGGCCUACCUGCAAGUGUUGGAAAGAUGAUGAAGCUGGGAAAGCCGAGUGAUGUGUGGAGUCUGGGAUGCAUUCUCUACAAGAUGGUGUACGGCCAGCCUCCGUUCGCCAAAAUCGCCAAAUACUAUGAACGCAUUCUAGCCAUUCCCAAUCCGCACGUGAAGAUUGACUUCCCAGCAUUCGGUGUAGGAGGCGUCCCCGUGCCUCCCGGCCUGGUCCGAACGUUAAAGGGUUGUCUCCAGCGUGAUCAGACGCUCCGACCAACCGUGGAAGAGCUCCUCGGCCAGCGAGACCCCUUCCUCUACCCCGACGCACAACUGGAAGGCGCCGUCCCAGUCACACAGGACAUGCUAAACCGGAUCCUGGUAAAUGUGGUCAACCACUGCCGCGUGCGCGGCAUCCCCAAGGACGAAGAACUUGCCGCCUGGCCGGCCGGAUUCUUCGCCAAGAUCAAAGCUGCGUUAGAGGAAGGCAGCUAACCACCGCCACCACUGCCCUUUUUCCUACUCCUUUCCUAUGUGUCCUGUAUCUUCUUGUCCUGAUACCUCAUCGAAUGAUCCGAUGAACCCGGCGUUCCAGUACACACUACUUAUAUCCCUUUCCUAUGUCCGACAUACUUUCUUCACUUCUUGAUCUAUACAUCCUUCUUUCUGCACGUUUUGGUUUAGGGUCCUGGAAAUCUGGUGUUUUUUUGUAUUGAGUCGCGCUUCAGCCUGGAUGAUUGUUCGAUUGAUUGAUUGCAUGUUUUCAUUAAUUGCAUUGGAAGCUGUCGGCUUUAAACACAGCAUGGGAAAUUCGGAGUUUGGGGUCUUUUGCGUAUAAACUUGGAUGAUACUUGAUUUAUUAUACUUCGAUUAUAAACGUGUUGCUUUUGAUUGUAUAUCGUCUCUACGUGUUGAUCGUCUCAAGAGAUGCAUUACCAAUCAAUAACCUACGCAGAUUGUUUCAAUAUAGAGAAGACGA